AUGGAUCACCUGACUGCGCUCUUCCAGGAGAUGUGGCGUCAAGGGGAAGUCCCGCAAGAUUUCAAAGACGCAACAAUCGUGCACCUAUACAAGCGAAAAGCGAACCGCCAAGUCUGCGGCAAUCACCGCGGCAUCUCCUUGCUGAACAUCGCCGGGAAGAUCUUCGCUCGCAUCCUUCUCAACCGCCUCAAUAAUCAUCUGGAACAGGGCCUUCUGCCGAAAGCCAAUGCGGCUUCCGUCGUCAUCGUGGGACCACGGAUAUGA